AUGGCCUCUAAAGUUUCAGCACCGCCUUCUAAUAGUUCCGUCUGGAACAGGAACGAAAAAACUGCAGAUGUUAGAAAGAAAAACAUACUGGCAGCAAAAGCCGUCGCUGAUCUGGUUCGAACGAGUCUAGGCCCCAAGGGGAUGGAUAAGAUGAUCCAAGAUGGGAAGGGAGGAGUUAUUAUAACGAAUGACGGCGCUACUAUACUAAAGGAAUUAUCAUUAGUACACCCAACCGCUAAAAUGAUGGUGGAAUUGAGUAAGUCUCAAGAUAUUGAAGCAGGAGAUGGAACUACCUCAGUGGUAGUUAUUUGUAAGGCGCUCCUGGAGAUGGUUGAGAACCUGCUCAACCAAGGGAUUCACCCACAAACUAUCGCCGAUAGUAUGAUGUUGGCAGUAAAUAAGACUGAGGAGAUCUUGGAGUCCAUCUCAAAGCCGAUUUCACUCGAAGAUAGAUCACUCUUAAUGGAUAUUGCCGGAAUUUCCCUCCAAUCUAAGGUGGUAUCACAGAACGCUUCAUUAUUGGCGCCAAUGGCUGUUGAUUGUGUUCUAGCUGUGAUGGACUCUCCAGAGUCAAGGAACGUAGACCUGAGAAGCGUAAGGAUAGUAAAGAGCAUAGGUGGGACUAUAGAAGAUAGCGAGAUGGUUGACGGACUGGUGUUCAGUGAUCAGAAAGCAGUAAGAACUGCUAGUGGCCCAACAAGAAUCGUUGAUGCCAAGAUUGGACUCAUUCAAUUCUGCCUGUCGACCCCUAAAACUGAUAUGGACAACAACAUAGUUGUCAAGGAUUACCAAUCAAUUGAUAGGAUUAUGAGAGAAGAGAGGUUAAUUACCGCUAAAAUGGUUAAAAAAAUUGCUCAAACCGGUUGCAAUGUUCUUCUAAUACAGAAAUCAAUACUACGUGACGCAGUCACUGAUUUAUCACUUGAUUACUUGGCGAAGGCGAAGAUAAUGGUAAUAAAGGACAUUGAGCGUGAAGAUAUAGAGUUUAUAACAAAGAGCAUCGGUUGCGAGGAAGUUGCAAGUAUUGACCACUUUACUCCAGAAAAGUUGGGAACCGCAAAAUUGGUGGAGUCCAAGGUUGAAGGAGCCUCUAGAAUUGUCAAGAUCACAGGAGUUAAUAUGAAGAAAACAGCAUCAGUACUAAUCAGAGCUUCAAACACAUUGGUUCUCGAUGAAGCCGAAAGAUCACUCCAUGAUGCACUGUGUGUGGUUAGAUGUCUUGUUAAAAGAAGAUCUAUUCUUCCCGGUGGAGGAGCACCUGAGAUGGAAGUCUCCCAUAAACUUUCCCAAUGGGCAAUGACUUUGGAGGGAGUUUCUCAAGUGUGUGUGAAAGCUUUCGCUGAGGCUCUGGAAAUCAUUCCAUACACUCUCGCGGAAAACGCAGGCAUGUACCCGCUCAGCGUUAUCACAGAAUUAAAGGCCAAGCACGUCCAGGGCGGAACCAACUUUGGCAUAAACAUAAAGAAGAACAGCAUCUCCGAUAUGUUCGAGGAUAACAUCAUCCAGCCGCUUCUGGUCACUCUCUCAGCCAUCAAACUAGCAACUGAAAGCGUUCUCAUGAUUUUAAAAAUUGACGAUAUUGUUCUCUGCCGCUAA